AUGGCCGAUCCCAACGACACAGGCCCUCUGCCCCACCGGGCAGACAUUGCACAGCGACUGUUGGCAGUCACCACCGAGCUAGUCAAUGACCUGUAUGUUCUCUCCAACUCGCUGUACAAGCCGCUGGCGGCAGCUACGCUCGCUGCCACUCGCCCGCCGCCACGCUCUCCCUCACGAGCUGGCUCGCGAUCUGUCACGCCGCGGACGCUGACGCCACAGGCUUCGAUGCUCUCGCGGUCACGGGACUCGCUCAUGACGACCGGCGAGCUCUCGAUGGCGGCUCAAAAGCUCGAGGCUGUCUCACAGAGCCGCACGCUUGCCCACUCGCGCUCGCUCGCCCGAUCACGAUCGCGCGACGGCUCUUCCGUCGGCUCGAGCGGGCGGCUCUCUCGCUCGUCCUCGGUCCUCAAGAGCAAGGCUUCCGCUCCCGGGCUCGACGUUCCGUUUGCGCUCUCGCAAUCGGAGCUCGACACCGUUUUCCCGCGAGCCCUGGCUGAGAUUGAGGCACGGGCGGGUGCGCUACAGAGCGCGCUCGCAUCGGCGCUCAAGUCGUGGGAUGCCUCGUCGCGGAUCGGAACCGCGCUGGGUGCAUUUGUGGGGCGGGGCGAGAGCAGCGACGUGCCGCUGCUUGCGGAGCUUGUCUCCGACUUUACCGCCAACUACUCGACAUCAGUCCAGCUACUCGGCUCGCUCCUCGCCAACCCCAAGUUUGUGGCCCUCCUCGACAAGCUCGAAUACGAUGCAGCGCAGGCCGCACUGCAGCCCGAUGCCGAUGUACUCGAAAUCAAGUCUGUGGCCUACUACUUCUCGCGGCCACUUGUCCAUCUCGGGCGGAUGUUCCGCGAGGUCUCACACCUGCUGCAGGGCACCAUCCCGUCGCACCCCGACUAUACCGCGCUCGAGAGCGCGUGGACCGCUCUCCAGCGAGUCGAGACCGAGUUGUGCGCCAGGCGGCCUCAGCUCGAGCGAGUGACUCAGCUGUUCGAGUACGCCCAGCUGAUGGAGAGCGACAUGCCCGACGGCCCGCAGCCGUACCACCUGCUCGCCUCGCCAACCCGCGCCUUUGUGGCAGAGGCGCCUGUUUACUUUGCUACCGUCUCGGCCCCGUUGCGGAUGGGCCUGCUCUUGCUCUUCACCGACGUCGCCCUCCUCCUCCGCCCGCCGCCGCCGCCACUUCCGGGCGCCCCGCCUCACCCGCACUACACCCUCAAGUACUGGGUCCCGCUCGCCGACGUCCAGCUCGAUGUCGCCGAUGUCAUGUCCGAGACCGUCCACUCCAACGACGCGUAUGUCGACUACGAACUGGCGGCCUCGUGGUCGGCCUACCUCGCGCAAGGAUGGUCUGAGCCGCUCGUGCUCCAGUUUGACACGGCGCUCGAGCCGGUCAUCCUCGGCUUUCCCCUCGACGAAGAGUCGGCGAGCCCAUGGUGGGACGCGCUACAGUCGGUCGAGGUCGACAAGGCAUCGGCCGUGGCCCAGCUCUCAUGCGCGCCGACCGAGGCGCUCGCGCACGAGCUCGGCGGCGCCCGCUCUGCGCUCCGCCUCCGCUCUGUCGUGCUCAGCGCCGAGCAGCAGCGGCUGGCCGAUCUUGCGCUCCGCGCCGAAGUUGUGCCGCACCACGAGGUCCAGCCGCUGCUCGCACAGCUUGCCAACUCGGACGCGAGCUACAUGGCUCAGCUCAAGACACUCACCGCCCUCGUCGAUGUCACCGUCUCCGACCUCGCCUGCGUUCUUGUCCGCGAGCACUCGGGCAUCUCGCUCGUCCUGCAGGUCAUGGACGAGCACGACAUGCAUCCCGACCUGCUGGCCGCCUGCCUCGCGCUCUUUGUCAACCUCACCCUCAAUCCUCUCGCCGUUACCUCGCUCGUCGCCCUCGACGUCCCUGCCAAGGUCGUCGCCCUCGCGCGCAGCCAUCUCCACGCCGCUGACAUGCUAGUCAUGGCUCUGCGCCUUCUGCGCCACAUCGGUGCCGCCUCACAGGAUUACCUGGUGGCGCUCGCCUCGCCGCCGCUCGAUGCCGCCCGCCUUUCCCGAGACCUCUUGCUCAGCGCGUCGGGCCAUGCGCUGCUCGCCACCGAGGCCAUGUGUUUCCUCCGUGCCUUUGUGGCACUGGAUCGGACCGCGAACCGGCUGUGUGCCAGCACAGGUCCGACCCAAGGCUCAGCGCCGCCCAGCUCGCCGUCGGCAGGUCGAUCGCCAGCCGGCCGUGGCCUACCAGUCCUCGUCGACACUGGCGCCGGCGACACGCCGGCAAACCUGCUCGAGAGCGUCGUCAGGCUCUCCGAGUGGGCGCCAGACAAGACCCACUUUCUCGACAAGGUCAUGCUCGUCCUUGAUGACCUCCGCGGCUUUGUCGAUGUCCUCGUCCAGGGCUUUGCCCUUCUCAAAGCUCUCGUCUUUGGCCGCCCAGAGUGGAAGGACGCUCUUGUUGCCGGGCGCGGCGUCCGCGGCGUCCUCGCCAUCCUCGCUUUGCACGGACCGGCUGAGGCCGAGCUCGCCCGCGCUGGUGCCCGACUGGCCCAGCUCGACCUCGCCCGCCACAACGGCAUGGUUCUGCUCCUGCAGCUGGCACGGCGGCACCGCCGCUCGGACUCUGCAGUUGUCGCCCUCGUCGGCGCCAUCAUCAACGCUAUGGCCCUCGAGCACAACCUCGCUGUCCUCCUCGACCAGGGCGGCGUUGCCAUUCUUACCGACGCCAUGAACUCGUCCGCGGACGUCGCCAAGGCCUAUGGGCCGGCCCUCACUCAGAUUCUCCGCACCAUCGGUGACCGCCCAUCCGCCCGCUCCCGACGCUCACUGCGCCCUAAUAAGCGGCGUCCCUCGUUCGACGGCUCGUUCAAGACCCGCUCGUCCAUGGCUUCGUAG